AGAGGGCAGACUGAUAAUUCUGUCAGAAAAUUGAACUGGCAUUAGCAAUCCAUGAAUUUAAAAGUUUGAAUUUAAUACAUUAGACUAUUGAUUCAGUCGUGUCUAUAUCGCGAGACGUAAGAUUUUCAUUUUAUUUAAACUGUGGGCUUCAAAUAUAUUCUUAGUGGACGAUCAAUGUGUUUCGCUUAUGUAUUUCUGAAUAUAUAUGGUCUUGAGAUAUUGCGGUGAAUCAUGUAUCCAUAAUAUUUUAUUGGAUAUAAUGUGUGUAGUGCGAAACGAGAAUUCGAGUUUUAAAGAAACGUUAACAUACACAACUUGUGUGCCUCACUGCUGUGAAAAUACAUUUGCGAUAUAUAUUAAUUAUUGGGGAGAAAAAGAAGAGACUGAUGUCGCAUCGUCGGGAGGCUGUGUUUCUUAACCGUUUUAUUGGCAUUGUGCUUGCAGCGAACUGAGUGCUUGAAGAUGCUCACUUCUACUCGAGAUGUAUUAGUUCAUACGGGGCAUUAGCAGUUAUCUGCUACCUCGAUACAUUUAUUAUUGUUUAGUGGGAAAGGAAAUAAUUCGCAGUGCUUUUACGUAAAUGUGAAUGAACGGAUAUUUGCAAACAGAAUACCUCUUCAUUUAAUCUUAUACUACAGAAGGGUUGGAUUUUCAUACUCACAUUUGCAUGCAAGAAGCAAACACUAACGUGGUGGUGAUGCUUUCGUUCUCAAAAUAUAAUUAAUAUUAAACAUUUAUGAAUAUUGAUGAAUAUACGCAUGUCUAUUCAGCGAAAACAAUGGUGACUGUAAAUUUCACAAACGAUGUUGUAACUGACAACGACGACAAAGUCUACAUAACCGAUGCAAAACUAAGUGCUACUAACCUAGUGGUGCUUACAAUUAUUGUAUUGGUUAUAUUUGUGACUAGUUUAGUAGGUAACUUCUCUGUGUUUGUGAUAUUUUACAAACGACCGAUGUUUAUAACUAUAUCAAACAAAUUUAUUAUCAAUUUAACAGUGUGCAAUUCAUUACAAACGCUGCUAAUUAUGCCAUUCGUAUUUGCGUCUAUGGUAACACAGAAAUGGUUGUUCAGUUUCAUAUGGUGCCAAUGUUCAGGGUUUCUGAUGAACGCAAUAUUUGCAGCCAGCACUUUAACUUUAGUUGUGAUCGCCAUAGAUCGAUAUUGUGCCGUUGUAAAGCCCUUACACUACUCAUUACACAUGACGCAAAGACGAGCAACUGUGAUGAUUCUAGGUGUUUGGCUUAUAGCAGUGAUGUGUUCAAUACCACCUUUAAUAGGAUGGAAUAAGUAUGAAUUCCAGCGAGAGAAAAUUGCGUGUUUGCCACUUUCGUCUAGUAAAUCACUCAGUGACGUGACUUACACCAUGGUUCUCGUAUGUCUGUGUUUUAUAAUACCAUCUGCUAUAAUUAUUUGGGCAUACUGUGUUAUUUUCAAAGCUGCCCGGACAAGCAAUGAAAAUGUUAGACGAAAUAGUACAUUAGCAAAUGGAUUAAAUGAUUUACCCCAAGAUAUACCAUUGCAAAGCGUCAGAAGAAACAGUUCGAUACAACUAUUUAUCCAUAAACUUAGCAGUGCUGGGAGAACAGGGACUGUGCUUUUGAGAAAGGAUGAAAGAAAAGCUGCAGUUACUAGUUUCAUGAUUUUGUUCACAUUUAUCCUUUGUUGGUUGUUGUACUUCAUUAUAAUUUUCCUAGAAUGCCUUCUAAAUAACCCAGAACAUAUUGACCCUAUUUUCAAAACACUUUCUGUUAUUUUAGCGCUGUCGAGUUGCGCAAUCAAUCCACUGGUUUACGUGUUUCGCGGUAAAUUACAGCGAGUGCAAUUUAAAAGCAUUCUACGGUUCAAUAAACCAAUAUUGAAUUCAUCACUGGCAUGAAUGCCAACGGCCAAGGCAUAUCUCGUAGAUCGAGUCGUAAUCCUCAAUAUUCACGGUAUACCCCUUGCAUUACACGAGAAGGUAGCCAGGAGUCAGAUGUCAUCGAGUUCUUGCAGUCAACACGACAGGAUCGCUGAAAUCCCUGGCUGUUCAGGAGAAAGAGACACAUCCAAAACAAUCCGUAGAUCACCUAAGGCUCUGAUCAUUAUUGUGAAAAUUGUAAGCAGACAAUAAGUAAACUAUACAUGGAAAUAAGUAUCCUUUUUUUAUACUGUUGGCACAAUUGAAAUAGCGCAAUUGAAAAAUGUAAACUAUUGAUUGGCUAUAAUACAUAGCGCCAAAUAUUGGAAUAAAUUGUUUAAAGUGUUCGUAUGAGUUUUAUGAAAUUGAAUACAAAGUUAUGUUAAAGCUGUUAAAUGUAUUAAAUUGUAUACAAACUUGUUUAAAUAUGUUUUUAGUAUUUUGUAUUGAUCUAAUAUUUGCUUACGAACAGAGAAAGUACUUAAGUACAAGUCGUACAAAAUAAGUUUACUAAUUCAGUCAUGAAAGUCAAUAUAAACAAAUGUAUAUGUUGUCAUAUGUUUGAUGAGUUUGAAACGUUGCCUUAUUGUAACAUUUGAUUUUCGAAUAAUUUGAUGUAUAUGAUUUAAAACUAUUGAGUGACUCUUUAUUAAGAUUUUUUUCUGUAUUUGGUGAAUUGUUUUGGUACAUUGUCCCUGUAAUUUCACCGGUACACCAUAUCGGGAAAUGUCAUCGGUUUGCAGAAUAAAGGAACGCAUGUUUGCUAUUGCGUAAAAUGUGAAUUCUGUCGUAUAAAUGUAUAAGAACAUAUGUAUUAUUUGGCUAUUUUGGGAAAUAUUGGGCAUAAGCUUACGCUAAGAUUGAGCUGACGUUUGUAAGAUAUGGUCUGAAUAUCAAUUAUAAAUGCGAACAUAAUUGUUCUAUAAUUAAUGAUAUGAUUUUUGAUUCAAUAUUGUUGCGACGUUUGCUCAAAGCGCAUUUAUUGUUUAUGGUCAAUGCUGUGAAUAGGCAGACAUAUUUAAGAAAUUCAGUUUCGGGACCCAUAUCCGGAAAUAGAGCAUGAACAAAUGUUUACUCUGAUACAAUGUAACAAGAAUUUUUUUUGCUAUUUGAAGACGUCUUUUUAAUAUAAUGAAUUUUGUAUAUCAAACAGAAACAAUAGCGUUAUCGUACUUACUGUCCUCAAUUUUAUAAAGAUUAUUUAUAAAUAGCUUCAACUUAUUAAUAAAAAAAGGUGUUGAAUAACACUUUUUCCAUCGUAUGAUUAUAAUUUUUAAGAGCCCACAUACCAUAUAUUAUUGACAAUUAAAAUAUUAUAGUUAUUGUUAAAUUUUCUUUUGAUGCGUUAUGAAUAGCCGUCUUUGUAGCCCGUGCUGUAUAUUUCCUUAAACGUUUAUCAAAUGUGUUAUGUAUCUUACAUAUGUAAAUGGUUAGUUAUUUUUGAGUAUCGUAUUAAUGAUACA